AUGGUCUGUCUAAGCCUGGCUACGAGCGGAGGAGAGAUGGCCAUAUGGCUUGCAAACCCAUCUAUUAACAACCUAGAGCGACAAAAACAUUUUCGCCAGCCCACUGUCCACAAAGAGCUCCUAGCAGCAGCCCGUCCUCACACACACACAGCCAAUCAGCGACCAGCUCUGGGAGAAGGAUGCGCUCAUUGGUUGAGGAGUGUCAGUGGGCGGGAGGCUGAGCACCCGGCCGGGCCGGAGUUUGGGACCGGGACCGAGUGGGCCGGAGACCGGGAACUGCGCCUCGGGUUUCGGCUGCACCACCGGCGGGUCGUGAAUCCUUUCGAAGGCAGAGCUGGAGAGACCGGCGGAGAUUCCGUGAGAUGUUUCAGCUACACGGAGGCGCCCGGCCUUUCCCCGCCGAGGAUCGGGGCCUGUUGUCUGGAGUUGUCUCCCAGACCCGUCCCUUCCUGCCGGGAGACGGGAGCUGCCCCGCAGCGGCUGCCGGUGGAUCCCCGGAGCUCUCACCGCUCCCCUGUGCAAUCCGAACGGCUGAAAACCAAGGGAGAACAAGGCGCAAAGUGGGGCCUUCUGGGAGUUGUAGUCAUUGGACCUCGCUCGCUCCCUGUCGAAGCAUGUUUUGUCAGCCACCACAGACGCCACCGAAACAGACCCACCGAGGCGCGAAGGGGAAUCACAACCGUCCUUGUGGGCGCCGAGGCCGGCGACACCGACAGAAGCGACUCGCUGAUCUCCGCCAUGGCGACGGAGCGGAAGAGGAGGGGCUGGUCAAGGGCCGAUUUCCUCCAGCCUAUCGCAGCUCAGACCUAACACUGACGCCUGCUGUCAUUGGCUGCAGUGCCUGUCGCUCAAAUGGGAACUCGGAGGGUGAUUAGUUUAUGUGAACGUCAGUCAGCCUUCCUGUCUUUAUGAGUUUGGAUUUGGAUUUAUAACGGGACAGGAAGCAAAUUGGGAGAAAUGUGAGUUUUUAUGUGAUGGUGCAUCAGUCUCCGAGUUACAUUAUUAACAAUAAAAGGGCAAAGGCCGUGGUGAGGAAGGAGGUGAUUUACUGGAGGUUAUAUGGAGAUAAUAUUGGAAGGGAUAUCAAACUUGGAAUUGUUUGGGAUAUGAUUUAGAAAAUGGGGGGAUUUGUGGGGAUCAUAAUAUUCCUGUGUUGAUUAUUGAGGGCAAAA